AUGCGGCGGGGAACAAGCCAUUGCGCCCUGGACCUGGCCGUCGGACCGCUGUCUGUGGUGCUGAAGCCUCACUCGAAGGUGCCCCUAAGUGCUCUAGUGAGAACACCUCCUCGAGACUGGCGGCCGCCCCGACAAAAAUGGGAACGCUUCCUGUCUUCCAGGCCGAAAGCCCGCCCAAGAAGGGGCGCCAAAGCAGGAAGCCACCCCGGGGCCCGGUUAUCCGCGCUCGCGUACCCGGGCUCGGGCCCGUCCCCGGCCCUCGAGGGAUCCGCUGCCCUCACCGAGACCUCUGCAGCGGCCGCACCAGAGGCCGCCCCGGCAGGACCCCGGCGUGAGCAUCGAGCGCCCCCCAAAGAGUGCACGACCCCCGGAGCCGCCCUCAACACGGACCGCGCCCGCCGGGCACACAAGAAUGGUCACUGGGCCGCGGCGGCGGAGGAUGCCUCCUCCAUCCAGGCCCGGACUCAGCAGGCCUCCCAGGCAAACGCAGGGCCCCAAUCACUGGUGCUGGGCCAGGACCAGGCGGCAAGGAGUCCCCGAGAGCCCCAGGGAAGGGGUGGCGUCGGAUCGCGCGCCCUGGGCCUCGACCGCACCCGGGAGCCGGGCAUCUCGUCCUCGAGCCCGUCGACCUUGCGGCAAGCGGGGAGGGGAGAGGAGGGGGCGCGCCCGGAGGCCCCGCGGGCCCGCCGCCACCGCCGCCGCGUCCCUUUGUUUCUCGGCGCUUCUUCGCGGGCCCAGAUACUCGGCGCCAUGGAGUCUCAGGUGGCAGGGGGCCCGGCCGGCCCGGCCCUGCCCAACGGGCCACUCCUUGGUACAAACGGAGCCACUGAUGACAGCAAGACCAACCUCAUUGUCAACUACUUGCCCCAGAAUAUGACCCAGGAUGAGUUCAAGAGUCUCUUCGGCAGCAUUGGUGACAUCGAGUCCUGCAAGUUGGUUCGGGACAAGAUCACAGGGCAGAGCCUCGGCUACGGGUUUGUGAACUACUCUGACCCCAACGAUGCAGACAAAGCCAUCAACACCCUCAACGGCCUCAAACUGCAGACGAAGACCAUCAAGGUAUCCUAUGCCAGACCCAGCUCUGCCUCUAUCCGAGAUGCGAACCUGUACGUCAGCGGGCUCCCCAAGACCAUGAGCCAGAAAGAGAUGGAGCAGCUCUUCUCCCAGUACGGCCGCAUCAUCACUUCUCGCAUCCUGGUGGACCAGGUCACAGGCGUCUCUCGGGGAGUGGGAUUCAUCCGCUUUGACAAGAGGAUCGAAGCCGAGGAGGCCAUCAAAGGACUGAACGGGCAGAAGCCGCUGGGUGCGGCCGAGCCCAUCACGGUCAAGUUUGCCAACAACCCGAGUCAGAAGACGGGCCAGGCCCUGCUCACCCACCUCUACCAGUCCUCAGCCCGGCGCUACGCAGGCCCCCUGCACCAUCAGACACAGCGCUUCCGGCUGGACAAUUUGCUCAACAUGGCCUACGGAGUCAAGAGUCCCCUGUCGCUCAUCGCCAGGUUCUCACCCAUCGCCAUCGAUGGCAUGAGCGGCCUUGCGGGCGUGGGCCUGUCGGGGGGUGCAGCGGGCGCCGGCUGGUGCAUCUUCGUGUACAACCUGUCUCCGGAAGCGGACGAGAGCGUCCUGUGGCAGCUGUUCGGGCCCUUCGGGGCGGUCACCAACGUCAAGGUCAUCCGUGACUUCACCACCAACAAGUGCAAGGGCUUCGGCUUCGUCACCAUGACCAACUACGACGAGGCGGCCAUGGCCAUCGCCAGCCUCAAUGGCUACCGCCUGGGCGAGCGCGUGCUGCAGGUGUCCUUCAAGACCAGCAAACAGCACAAGGCCUGA